AAAUGGUGAACCACGCCCGGAAGGUUUUCAGUCUGUUUAAACCGACUGCCGAGUGGUUUAACGACGCGGUGAGAGCUUCAGGGCUUAGUGGGCUCUGCAUGACGGGGUAUUCCACCAUCAGCCACGGCAUGCAGGGGGCCUUUGUGGAGCGGUGGCACAAGGAGACGUCUUCUUUCCACUUACCGGUUGGGAAGAUGACGAUCACCUUGCAUGAUGUGCAGUGUCUUCUCCACCUGCCGAUCAGGGGGGCGCUGUUGCACCACUCCCGGAUCCAGAGGAUCGAAGCCAGUGAGUGGAUGGCGCUCUAUUUGGGUAUGGAGCCCGAAGUUGCUCACUUUGAGUGCAUCACGACCUGUGGGCCUCAUACCCGGUUCACCACACUAAGCACUUAUUUCGAGCACCACCUAGUGGCGGCGGCCGAAGCCGAGGAUGCGGGUGGCGACCUAUUUACACAUUAUCACCGUGGCUGCGCUCUCCGGUGCUGGUACAUGUAUGUGGUAGGCGCUGCGAUCUUUGUGGACAAGAGUGCGAGGUACGUCGACGUGACCUACCUCCGCUACUUCAUGGACUUGACCACCGUUCACCAGUGGAACUGGGGGGCAACUACUCUGGCAUACCUAUACCAGAAGCUGAAUGAGGCCUCCAACUGGAGGACGAGGCAAUUGACCGAAUCCUACACACUACUUACGAGCUGGAUCAUCUCUUACUUCUCCCGCAUCCACGACUUCCACAUUGAUCCUGAUUACGAUGAUGCCAUGCCCAGGGCCGCCAGAUACGUUCUCCAGAGGGGGAACAAUGCAGUGGGACCAUACCGUGGGUACCUGGACCGCACGAUGCAUGAUGACGUCACUUGGAGGCCAUUCAGCGACUACACUCAUAUUGUCCCCUUUGACGGCAUAUCUUUAUAUUCUGGCUGGUUGGCAUGCAGGACCAGCACCAUGGUUCAGUAUCUCCCUGAGCGGUGCAUGCGUCAGUUCAGAUUUGUGUAGAUGAUACCCAGGUCACCUUUUGAGGCUGCUCCCGACACAGUGACCCGAGUGCACUCACUGCCAUAUUUGAGGAUUGGGAGAAUCAUGUGGUACCAGAGGAGUAUCGUCGCAUUCGGGUCACCCAGGACUGGCACAGUGUGGAGGGAUACGUCACAUGGUUCUAUCGGGUGUCACAUCCUCUGCUGACACCCGACGCUCCCGGCGCUCUUAGGCCAGCACACGAGGAGAUCCUAGAGAACCAGCAGGCCGAGGAUGAUCACGCCAUUGAUCUCUUGCCGAUCUGCCAGCGGAUAGAGAUGCUUGGGCGGGACGCGUUGGAUCGAGGUGUCGUUCAUCAGGGCGGUCUAGAGGCAGUCGCCGUGAUGGAGAUGACCGUCACUGAUGCGGGCCGUGCGGCGGCAUACAGGCGGCAGAGGAGGUCCCAGGGAGAGAGGGUUAGGCAUACCCAGUAGUGGUCGGGUUUAUUUUUUUUUGUUUUCGGAUUGUAUCUUUCGCACACUAUUAUUAUUUGGAUUUG